UGUCCAUCUGGUGAUCCCACCAAGACCACCUUGGGAAAGCACAGAGAGAGAGAGAGAGAGAGAGAGAGAGAGAGCGCCAACCUUUUUACCCCACAUUCACACACUCCACUGUCCCCGAUAAAGGAAAGGAAGUUGGCUUGUGGGUAACUGAGGGUGGGCCGCAAGGCCUAAAAGAAAUAAAGAAAAGUGAAGGCAAAAAAUAAAAGGGAGGGGAAGUGGGGAGAGAGAGUGGAAUCUUCAUCUUUGGUUUUGGCUCAACUUCAACAAACAACCUGAAUGAACGAAAAGAAUGAGGCACGGUUGAAACGAAUUGAGCUGAAAAUGGUGGCAUCGUCUUCCGAUCCUUGAAGAAGACCCCGUCUUUCAUAAGCAAAAGCCGCAGAAGCAGCUCGGCCUCUGGACAAGAGCUUCCCAUCAAGCGGAUCGAAGUCGGCCUUGUGGGGUGUGUUUUUCUGGCCCAAUUAUUGAACGUUGUGUGAUGAUGUGGUGUUGCAGGGAAUAGUUGCUGGAAUUGCAGGAACAGAAGCUUCACAACAAGAAUGAGAGUGAGAUGGGAAACUGUGGAACCAGAGAGGAAUCGGCUGUCGUUACCCAUGCUCAAGUUCAGCAGCUCCACAUGUUUCAGUUACCAGCUAAAAAUACCCCUUCUGAGAAGAGACACAAACGCUCUUCAUCAGAAUUGAGCGACUCUUCGAACCCGAAAAAUGCAGAUGAUCCGAGGCACACAGUAGCAUCCGCCAAAGUCAUCGCCUUCACUCUGUUUGAGCUUGAGACAAUCACUAAGAGCUUCCGCUCGGAUUAUAUCCUUGGGGAAGGAGGAUUUGGGACGGUGUACAAAGGAUACAUUGACGAGAACGUGAGGGUUGGUCUAAAAUCCCUACCUGUUGCUGUUAAGGUCCUUAACAAGGACGGCCUUCAAGGUCACAGAGAAUGGCUCACGGAGGUUAAUUUCCUGGGGCAGCUUCGGCACCCCAAUUUGGUGAAGCUGAUUGGAUAUUGUUCCGAGGACGAUCACAGGCUGCUUGUCUAUGAGUUCAUGUUUCGGGGCAGCCUUGAGAACCACCUGUUCCGAAAGGCAUCUGUUCCGUUAUCUUGGGCAACAAGAAUGAUGAUUGCAUUUGGGGCUGCAAAAGGGCUUGCUUUCCUGCACAAUGCCGAAAAACCGGUCAUCUACCGAGAUUUCAAAACCUCAAAUAUAUUGUUGGACUCUGACUAUACAGCUAAGCUUUCUGAUUUUGGACUGGCCAAAGCAGGGCCUCAAGGAGAUCAGACACAUGUUUCCACACGUGUGAUGGGCACCUAUGGAUAUGCAGCUCCUGAAUAUGUCAUGACUGGUCACCUGACAGCAAGGAGCGAUGUUUAUAGCUUCGGUGUUGUGCUUCUGGAGUUGCUAACUGGUAGACGAUCAGUUGACAAGACACGGCCUCCCAAAGAGCAAAGUUUGGUGGAUUGGGCUCGUCCCAAGCUGAAUGACAAGAGAAAACUUCUGCAGAUCAUCGAUCCCCGACUUGAGAGUCAGUAUUCAGUGAGGGCUGCACAAAAAGCUUGCAGCUUAGCAUAUUACUGCCUGAGCCAGAAUCCAAAGGCCAGGCCCCUCAUGAGUGAUGUUGUGGAAACCUUGGAGCCACUACAGAGCACGGGCAUGGACGAUGCAGCAACUAUGCUUGGUUCGAUACAGGGUGUUGAAUACCGGAUGAGGCAUGCCUAUGCGAGUCCUGCUGGUAGCAUUAGCAGUUGCCGAUCUCCUCAUGGUAAUGCUUCCCCUGGAGGGCCUCCUGCCUGUCGGGUCAGAUGAGAAAGGUAACGCCAAAUGAAAGCUACAAACUGACAAACAGUUUUGAUAUAUAUUUUUUUCUCUCUUUUCCUUUUUGGGCCCUUUUGAAGUCCCCUUCCGUAAGGUGUGCAUUAUACGCAACAGAAGCUGGCUGCUUGCUUCACCUAGUGUUGACACACACACACACACACACACACAAACACUCACUGGCUUUCUUCCCCUUGUCUUGACUCUUGACAGAGCGCAGAGCAGGUUUUUUCUCUUCUGUUUCCUUGUGAGCUCCCAGGUUGUCAUAUGCCUGUAUGUAAUUAAUAUAUAUGCCACAAUAACAUGCAUGACCAUAUGCAAAGCGUGCAUGUUUGUGUCUGUCUUUGUUUCUGAGAUGGUUAUUCUUAGGGUUGCACAUGCUUUUUCUUGUUCUUGAAAA